AUGGAGAAAUUUUUUAGGAACCGGGAGUUGAAUGUUAGCGUGAGAAUCAUUAAGAAAGGUGAGGACGUACUGUUUUACGCGAAAGAUGUGGCGGAAUCUCUAGGGUACUCAAAUACGAAAAAAGCUAUUCAAACCCACGUAUGGAAGUUAAACAAGACAACACUCGGAGAACUUAGGGUGGGACCCAAUUUGGGUCCCACCUUGAAUGGCCAACCGAAUUCUGUUUUUCUAAGAGAACCUGGUUUGUAUCAACUAAUAUUCAACUCAAGACUCCCAAUAGCAGAGGACUUUCAAGAUUGGGUGUUUAGCGAGGUCCUUCCAUCUAUCCGUAAAACAGGCUCAUACGAAUUACCAGAUAGAAGGUCACUUAGGUAUAACCAGAUGAUUCUCAUAAAUGAAACGGACCUUCAUCAUACAGUUGUGAGUUACAUUAGGAAUAACCACCCCACAGCUGUAAUAGUACCUGGCCUAGGUGAGUACCAGGACACUGUGCAAAAGAGAUGUGAUGCCUGGAAGAAGGGAUAUAAAGGUGGCCAGCCUGAUCUUAUUAUUGAGAAUCUUAUGGGAAAGUAUAAGGGAUUAGCUAUUGAAUUUAAGUCUCCUAAGGGCACUGGGAUUACAAGUGAGAAGCAAGAAGUAUGGCUUGAAAAACUGAGGGGAAUAGGAUACGCAACAAUGAUAUCCAACGACCUAGUGAAAACUUGUAUUAGAAUUAACGAGUACUUCUCACUCAAGAAAAAAGUUAAAACAGCAGAAGUAAAAAAUGUAGUUAGCAAUGUAAAGCUGUACAAACCGAAGUUCAAAUCACACAAUUACUAG